UGUCAAGGAUGGCACUCCUCCUACGCGAACACAAGCGUACAUAAAAACUCACACGAAGAAGGAUGGAAGCUAUCCAAAUGAUAUAGUAAAAGAGAGAUGUGAAAGGAUGGCGAUGCUAAUGCCAACCGACUCUGCCGAAUCGCCAAGCGUAACACAAGGAACGGUACGUUGGAGACAUGACGAUGCGUAUGCCUAGGCGCUUGGCAACAAGCCGGAGUACGCCGGCAGAGUUAGGCAGGUUGGACCAAAUAUUUGGCCUAUGCGAGGGUCCAUACGCUCUUACCAUACACCAUCACAGCCGCAUUCACAAAAUCAAGGGCACGCCGUCUUUUCGCAAGAAAUGUUUGUUUCUGAGAUGGAGAGAGCACUCGAGGUUGAGAGGGCACGACACAGUUCUGAGAUGGAGAGAGCACUCGAGGCUGAGCGGGCAAGACAAGCUUCUGAGAUCGAGAGAGUACUUGAGGGUGAGCGGGCACGACACAAGUUACAAAUGGAUGAGGUGUUGGCAGCACAAUCUCAGAUUAUGUCCCGUUUUAGCCAAAUGGAGUCAUUGUGGCGCCAAUCAGUAUCCGUGCCUGGAGUCUCUCAUGAUAAUAUAGUGCCAGACAAAAAUUCUGCACAUCAUAUGAAUGUGUCAUCUGUUGAUAGCAGAUCAGAUCCUACGGAAAAUGCUAUGCAGUUACCCGAUCAUGAAAAUCUUGCCAACGAUUGAUAUUGGGUAACAUUUAGGUUUAUUUUAGUUGGCAAAUAUGUACUUGCCUUUUUUUGUUCCGGUUUUGUUAUCAAUCUAUGACAAAGAUUGAUUAUAUAUUUUGUUUAUUGAAACCUUUGUUUUGAUUGUUAUGAAUUUAUGACAUAUUUUUAUUGAAACUUUUGGAAUGA